GCACAGCGGCAGCGGCAGCGGCAGUUGAGCUUGCGUGGCUGCUUAGGAUCCGCUCGACAGCGCGCGCGGGUACUCACGGCCCGAGCAUUCAAUUCACUCGGGCCACCACCGCGCCUCGCCACCUCCAUAUCAACCAGCUCUGAGCUGCCUCGCUGCUUCGCCGCGAUCCUUUUGUGCGCGCAGCUCGAUCAGCUCGGUGUCAUCGUGAGAUGAGUCGUGCGCAGACGGGCGGGGGCGGGGGCGGGGGCGGGGGCGGCGCAGCGAGGCUCAAGGCGUCGCCUCGUGCGCUCUUCUCUUGCGGCAUCUUCAGCACCUGCACACACCCGGCGCUCAGCCCGACGGCUACUCCCAACAACAAUGUGGUGCCGGGGAGCAGCACUGUCAAGGGUGGUGGUUCGACCACGCCCUGCGCCGAGGCGUCCGCGUCGCCGGUGGUGGAGGCGGCGGCGACGCCACCGCCUCCGCAGCAGCAGCAUCAGCGGGUGCAGAGGAAUGUCGGGCCGUCGUCGUCGUCGUCUUCGUCGUCGUCGUCCGCGUCGCAGAGCUUCACGCAGUGGAGGCUGCCGGUGCACCACCCGCCGCAGGCGUCUGCGUCCGCGUCGGCGUGUGGGGGAGGCGCCGGGGACGCGCUCGUGAGCGCGGAGGAGAAGUUCGCGGCCGGGGAGGUGGUGGCGGCGCUGCGGACGGUGGAGAAGGAGAUGGAGGCCGACGGGAGGGCGGUGCCGGCGGGGGUGGUGGCCGGGGUGGUGGCCGCGGUGCGGGAGCCGGCGACGGCGAGGCUGGCGGCGAAGGUGCUACUGGUCGUGCUGCUGGAGGAGGGGAACAGGGAGACGGCGGUGGAGGUCGGCGCGGCGUCGGCGGCCGUGGAGGCGGUGGCGGCGUCCGGACCGGCCGGGGCAACCGCGGAGCGAGCGCUGGCCGCGCUAGAGCUUCUGUGCACAGCCCCCGGCGGCGCCGCGGCGGUGCGGAGGGAGGCCCUCGCGGCCCCGGUGCUGGCGCGGGCGGUCGAUGGAAUGGCCGGCCGCGGGCGGGAGUGCGCCAUCGGCGUCCUAGCCGCCAUCUACGGCGGCGCGGGCGAGGACGGGGCAUCGCCGCCGCCGCCGGAGGUAGUGAAGGCGGUGGUGGCGGCGAUGCAGGGGGAGUGCAGCGCUCGGGGACGGCGCAAGGGUGCGCAGCUGCUGCUCGCGCUGCAGGAGGGCGGCCGCCUGGGACUCGCGUGGGACGGCGUCGGCGAUCACUGACACGCGGGCCAGCCUCCCAACCUGACAUAUCGCUCUCUCAUGUGUGUUCUCCGCUUACACGCGGGCCCCCAUGGCAGUGAGCAAUUCGGUGGUUGCUGUUGGGCCAUGGCUACUGAAGUGUGGGCCCGCGUGAGGACGUGAAGGAGCAGUGACUUGGCAUUGGUUCAACGAUGAUGGAUGAUGCUCUAAGAAACGGUCGGUGGCGUGAUAGAUCUGUGCUCACCUUUGCAGCCUGUGAUUUGCACGAUCUAUCUCGUGAAAAUUUAUCGCUCGCAUGACGCAUCUGGCCCCCAGUUUUCUCUUUGUUUCCGUUGCUACAUUAUGCAUGCAAAUUUAGCUGCCUUGGUGAAAUUCGGUGUGCUGUUCUAAAUC